AUGCUCAGGGUUAAAUAUAAAAACAUCGCGACAAAUCCGUACACCACAUACAGCGCAACCACCUUCAGCGUUGCGAGCAGGCAGUGAGUGUGCUCAGUGCAGUUGAUUUGGUUGCAGGAAGAAAAGUUAAUAAUUUUGUAUAAGAAAGAAGAAAAUAAUUAUUUUAAUAUACAACUAAUUAACGGUGCAUGUGUUGUAAUAAUAAUAAAUUACUAAAUCUUUUUUUUCGAUAUUAAACAGAAAAAGAAAUUUGUCAAAAAUUGCAUUUGAACAAAAGAAUUAUAUUCAUACAUACACAUAUAAUUUAUCUAUAUAAAAAAGCAAUAUAUAUAUAUAUAUAUAUAUUGUAUAUAAAGGAGAAAAAUCGAGAUUGUGCAAAUAAAUUGGAAUUUUCUACGGCAGCAGCAACUAAAAUUUGAACGCUUCAACUUUAGUAGCGAAAGUGAUUUUAACCAAUUCAGUCAAAAGUGAACAACGUGUGGAACGUUUUGAGCAACUCCGAAAGUGAUACAUCAGCAGUCUCGACAACACUUGCGUGAAGAAGAAAAACACAAUAAACUAAUUAGCAAAUACAUAUAACAAAAAACCUUAAUCCCAAAGUAAUACUCACCUAUACAAGCAAGUUUAACAAUCAACGCGACAUUUUAAGUCACAAUGGCAACGAAAAUGAAGAAAUCAUCAUCAGCACAUGAAAAUACUGCCGAUUAUGACGGCGAACCCGGCUGCGAUACAUUGCAUGAGGUUAACGCCAUGUUUCGUCACUUCUGGGACCCUACAAAAUAUUGGACAUGUGAGGCACAAGGUCUUCCCGCUAAAUUACAACGUUGCCCACAAUCACAUUUAUAUAUGGACUCGCAAAGUAAAUGUGUCAUGUAUACCGAUUGGCAUUGGACCGAUCCAGCUGAACCGCCAAGCCGUCCGCGCCGAAGCGAAAGCAUAGCGAAAAGCACGUGAAGUGGCAAUGGGCAUGAGUGUGAUUUGCACGAGAAACCAAGAAAAAAAAAAUUAGUAAAGAAACAGCAACAAAAAAAUUAUAUAUGUAUGUAGAUAGUUAGAAAAAACGUGAUAAAAGCGCGCGUACACGGAUACACACACUUGAGCAUGAAAAGUCAAUCGGACAUGCUUGCAUGCAUAUGUAAAUAUGUACAUACGUGUACAUAUAUAUAUAUGUGUGAAUAUAAUCGACGAUGAAUGUGCUAAUCUUAAUUAAUUAUACAACAAUGUACAGUACAUAUGCACAUACAUUUGCUCGUCCGAUGUGUACUGAUAAGUACUUAAGUUAAGCCACAAAUUUGUCGAUAAGAUUUUUAUAGUUUAGCAACAAUUAAGUAAUUAAACACGUAUAAACAAAAUUUAUGUAUAUUUAUAAAUUGCAUAUAGGUAUAUUUUGUAAUUACUCAUAGCCGAUGACUGAAAUUUUUUUUUAAGAAAUUUGUUGCUGUUAUGUAUUGUUUAAAUGAAAUGAGAGAGGUUAAUAAUGCAAAACUGCCAACUUAAAUAGGUAGUUUGUCCAAAACACUUGAAGCUUCUUCAACGUUAAUCAAACAUUUAUUUAUAAUUGUAAAACUGAAAAGGAAAAAAUAAUGAUCUAAGACAAGAGACGCUUGUGGAAUAAAUACUUAUUAUUGAAUAAAAAAAAAUCAGUUCGAGAAAUUCAU